UUGUGAAUUCUUCAUGUUGGUAUACAACUGGUAAUGCCAUGUGUUGAAAUCGGAUCUGUUAGCAUUCCCUCACCUGUCAUCAGCAGAAACACAAUUGAUUGGAUGUUUUGUGAAAGUUAUGCAAUGCACACGGUUUUGGGAUUGGCAAUUGUUUAUCCCCCUCCCUGCUUUAAGGAAAUUCCACAUAUUUUAAACAUCUAAUUAAACAGGGGGGAUUUUCUUUUGCUGGUGUAAAGUCAGAUGAUGUCAUAAUCCCUGAUCAGAGAAAAGAAUUUGUGGUUCCCCAAAGCCAUAAAAUGUCUUAUACCUGUAAUUGUAAUUAGGAGGGGGAAAAAACUAGGGCAUAAUUACCCCAGCUGGCAUUUGUACUUAAUUCAUAAAAGCUCUUUCUAUCCUGUGCUGAUGCUUCAUUGAUGAGAAGAGAGGGGGGAAAUGAAAGAGAAUAGGGGAGACAGAGGAAAGUUUGGAAAGCGUUUCCAUCUCUUGUCCAGCAUCGGAAAUGUAACCUUGAUGAAGCAUGUACAACACAGGGUGGAGGCGACAUUCCCUGUUUGUUUUACACGGAAGGUCAGGCCCCCAUCUGGUAGGAGGGAGGAGAAGUGAGAUAUUUUGGUUCUGGUGGUGAUUGUUAACAGGUGUUUGCCCCGUGGUGAGCCCCACUGUAAUUAUGAACAGGAAACAAGAGUUAGCAGAAUAGACAGAUAGGCGAGCAUCCUCUUCACUAACAAAACUCUCUUGAACAUCAGUGUGGUGAAAACUCCGGAAGUUCUUCUGCCUUCUGAAUUCAGGCUUUCUCAGCAUCUGUGUGUGUAUGCUUCUGUCCCUCUCUCCGCCUCGUCAUGACCCAAUCCCAAAAACGUCAUCUGUUCAGGUGAUCAGUGCAAGAGGAUUAUUAACAACUUCAACAUGGGUAGGAUAUACCCAUGGAACAGCAAGGAUUAGUGUGUUAAUAUGUUUAAUAUGCUUAACAAGGAUUUAGCUGUGCUGUUUUAACACUUCUCUUUUUUUCUCUCUCUGCUGGUUUUAAUCACAUGGAGGGAAAGAGAAGAGAAUGUAAAGCCAAAUUGAGCAAUGUUGUGAGGAAAGCUGGGGAGAAAGGCAGAAUUUUAAUGGGACUGGGGAAGUCCUUGGAUGGGGACAAAGUGAAUCUGCUUCAGGAUGCUCCCACUAGUUUGUCAGAAUCGGAAGAUGUGUGUGGUAAGAGUAACGCCAGGAAAAUUCCAUGCGGAACAAAAGUACUGAGACCGUCUGCUCCAGAAGCAGAGGAUUUGAUUCCAUGGAAUUUUGUGGAUCAAAAAGAGGACUUUUCUGACAAGUGUCACAUUCGUCUUUCUGGACGGAAGGCCAGUGAUGAUUGGUCCUCCGAAGGGGUUAGAGGGUCAGAGUCUGAGAUCAGAAGAUGGUCAAAUAAUGAUGUGAUAUCAUCAGAAACAGAAAAACUGUUAACGAGUGUGCCCUGUGAUAGACUGGAACGUUUUUCAACUAUGCCGAAACUACGCAAGAAGAAAAAGACAUUUGUCCCAGAAUGGCUAACCAUGGCCAAAACGCCGUCCAGUCGAUCAAGCCUACGUGAAAAGUUACAAGAAGAAUUUUUGUCUUGCAAGAUUUGUCUAGAAUCCUUUAUAAAGCCUAAAGCGUUGCCAUGUCUACACAGUUUUUGUGAACACUGUCUAAGGGACUAUGUAAGGAGACAUCCCGGUGAAAAACCGGGACACUUUCCGUGCCCCAUGUGCCGAAAGGACACGAAAAUUCCCGAGAGGGGAAUCGGUGAUUUCCAGGAUAAUUUCUUACUCCUUUCCCUGUCUGACACACUAGAAGAAGACGAGGAACCCUGGAAGUUCUGCCCCUCCCCGGGGAAACAGCAGACAAGUAACACACUAGUGUCCCCGCCAAGGACAUUUGCCCCUCCCACUCCACAGGAACAGCACCUGAGGACUUUUGAGUCACAGGAUAAAAGGCACACUAGGAGAAAUUGGUACUUCGGUAAGGUAUCCAGACAAGCCUCAGAAGAUUGGCUGCUGAGCCCAGGCUACCCCAAGGGGACAUACCUAGUCCGACAAGGGGAGGCAGCCCCAGACACUUACACCCUGUCAGUGAGAGACUGCGAUGAAUUACGGGGGUACAUAGUGAAGCAUUACAAAAUACACACACAGAGAGACCCUCAAAUUGCGUUUCAGAAUUACUUCAUUACACCACGGAAACGUUUCCGGACGCUGGAUGAAUUGGUGAAUCACUAUUCAGAAAAUGUUGAUGGUCUGUGUUGCAAACUACUGCAGACUUGUAUGAAGCCCCGGUCUCUGAUUUGGGCAUUUGAUCGGGGAAAACCAGACGAGUAUGCCACAACCAGGGACACGGUAUUAAGAGUUAGAAAGCUAGGGAGUGGGCAGUUUGCCGAAGUAUGGCUAGGUAGGUGUACAUAAAUUAUUUUAUGUUGUCCAAUUUCAUACGUGUAUACAAAAAUGUAUGCUGUAGAGUAUACAUGUAUUUGCAUAAAAUUGUCUCCCCUGCAAUACAGAAUUUAAUUCCAGUUGUGAUUCUUCUACUGUAUACUUUCACAACAUAAAAAUUGAGAGAAGUUAGGAAAACAAAAAGUGAACAGAUGAAACUGCUGUCAGAAUUUUCUUUGUUGGAGGUAUGAAAGUGCUGCAAUAUGUUAGCGUUUAUGAGUGGGUGCCAGUGGCAUUCCUUAAAAGAAGGGGGAGGGAGUGUCAGCAUUUAUAAGUGGGUGCAUGCUUAUGGCAUUCCUUAGGGGGAGGGGGUAUGCGAGUGUAGUAGGUUUAUUUCUAGUGUAUGGGAAUGGUACUAAUGCCCAUUCAAUUGGGAAAAAUAGAAUCAAAAUAGAACAAAUUGGGAAUUUUCUUUCAUGUCUACAAAUGGCAUUUGUUUUGAUAUGAACACUGAAUAAACCAUAUCUUAAUUAAUAAAUAAACUUGUGUUCAUUGUUUAAAAUUUUAUGAGAGUGCCAUUUAUAUUGACUUACUUUCCAUUUAAGAAGAAGUGAAGAAAUUAGUCAACUCGUAUGUUUCAUAUAAAGUAAAUUAUGAGCCUCGAAUUACUAGACUUAACAAUUUGUUACUGAGCAUUUUUUACCCUGAAAAUUGAGAAAAACCGAGUGUUUGGCACUGGGAAUUGUACUGUUUAUCGGUACAAGUAAUAUAAGGGAGAAAACCACUGUAAUGGGUACAUGGCAGUGGUAUUUCUUGUGAGGGGGUGGUGUUGUAUAAGGGGUACAUGGCAGUGGUAUUUCUUGUGAGGGGGUGGUGUUGUAUAAGGGGUACAUGGCAGUGGUAUUUCUUGUGAGGGGGUGAUGUUGUAUAAGAGGAGGCUGGCAGUGGUAUUUCUUG